AUGCGAGAAGCAUGCAUGUGCAAAGGAUUUGGCUCAACGCUGACUGGGCCAGCCUUACAGUGGUUCAUUAAUCUCAAUAAUGGGACUAUCUCUUCUUUUGCUCAAUUAGUUAACGCUUUUAAUAUGCAAUUUGCUAGUAGUCGCAAAACGGAAAAGCAAGCUAGGGACUUACAUAGGAUUGUGCAAAAAUCUGAUGAGUCCCUUAAAGAAUCUGUGAACAGGUUUAACAGGGAAAAGGUGCCCAUUCCAAAUUGUGAUGCCCGGACGGCCAUCGAAGCGUUCAGACGCGGCUUAGAUGAAGAAUCAGACCUCUACAAGGAGCUGACCAAAUAUCCCUGUCCGACGUUCGAGGAUGCUCAAGCCAAGGCGCUGGCCCAAAUCAGGCUGGAGGAAGACAUGCAGUCCAAGAAGGCUUAUGGCAGUGCUGACAUCCGGAAGGCAGCGUCCAACAAGCAAGCGUCGUGGCGUCAAAAUCCCUAUGAGCGCCCGCAGCAGGUCCAUAGCGUCCGUCAUGUCGGGUCGGCCAACGACUGGAAAAAUGAUCCUGGCCUUCCCCCCAAGCUAAGCGAAUACGGUUUCAACGUCACCAUGGGAGGUAUCAUUAAUACUUUACAUUCUUUAGGUUCUGCUGUUAAAUGGCCUUUCAGGAAUGAGAAACCGACGGCCCACCGCGACAAAUCCAAAUAG